CGCCACUCCAGGCCUCUCUCGCCAUGCCGAUCCGCAUCCGGUUGCGAGCCCCCAACGGCACCCAUACCGUUUCCCUCGACGACGAUGCCGCCGUCUCCGAUCUCCUUUCUUCUAUCAGCGACAAGACGGAACUGCCGCUGUUCGAGCUGAAAUGGAACCAUCCUCCCCAGCCGCUGGAUCCUUCGCUAUACGGCAUGUCGACGCUUUUGAAAGACAUCGACCUCAAGCUCAAUGGCGCUUCCAUCAUCGUCAUUGGAAAGGCCACAGGCGAUCCAAGCGAGCGAAAAGCAGAGCACGAGCUUCAGUCGGCUACAUCGCAGUCGGCGCCUCUAUCUCUCCAGCGAAAACAGAACUCGGCGCUCAAGGACACUCCCGAAGUGCCCGUGCCCGAGCGCGCUGGCACCAUGGUCUUGAGAGUGAUGCCGGACGACAACUCGUGCAUGUUCCGGGCAGUUGGAAGCGCCGUUCUUUCCGACUCUCUCGAUGGCAUGACCGAGCUCAGAUCGAUGGUCGCACAGGCUAUACAACGAGACCCCGAGCAGUACAAUGAAGCAAUCUUACAGCGAUCACCCGACGAGUACUGUAAAUGGAUCUCGUAUUCGGACUCGUGGGGUGGCGGUAUCGAACUCAGCAUUCUCUCUCAGGAGUUCGACAUUGAAAUUGCGAGCGUAAACGUGCAGGACAACCGAGUAGAUCGCUUCAACGAGGGCAGGCCACGCCGCUGUAUCCUGGUAUAUUCUGGCAUCCAUUACGACACCAUCGCUCUCGUCCCCAACGGCGUUCCCGCUCAGGACCCCUCGCAGGACAUUAAGCUUUUUGACGCCAACGACGACGUUAUCCUCGAAGCCGCGAAGGAGCUUUGUCGCCAACUCCAGAAACAGCACUACUUCACCGACACCCAAAAGUUCGAUAUCAAGUGCAACACAUGUGGCUGGAAGGGAGCCGGAGAGCGUGGAGCGAUUCAACACGCAACAGAAACGGGACACAGUGAUUUUGGCGAGGCAAAAUAGGUAUGCAAGUACAAGUAUAAUUUACAAAUUAGAGAAGGGAGUGGGUACAGCCGCAGUUAUGAGUAGGAUACAAGCACUUAUAUGAUAUAUAAUAUACCCAUGAGACGUGCUGGUUCAG